AUGAAGGAGGACGGGGAAAGGUAUUUUAGAUCGAAUGGAUUGCAUAUGGAUGAAGUGAGAAUGAUGCACGAGGAAGGAAAGAAGGGAUCUUUGGUCAAGUCAAAGCCAAUUAAUUUAUUAGUAAAUGAAAAACUGAAUAAAAUCGACUGUGGUACAGUCAAUGAUCGUGGGAAGAUAAAAAGGAUUGGCCAAGGAUCAGCUGUUAAUUUAAUAACUGAUUUCGAAAGUAUCCAUCCUCACUCAGUAGAUGCCAAUGAAAAGGAUAAUAGGACCAAAGAAGAACACACCAUUUUUUCUGAAAAUGAUGAAUUCAAACCUUACGAAUGGGUUUCUUGGUUUUUGGGACCUUUAAUUCAACGAGUACAAGUUUUAUCGCCAUUAUUACUUGAAGAAAAACAAAGGCAGUUAAAACAGACUUUACGGAAUCUUGGAAUAACAACAAUGAUAAAUGAAACAGCAAAGCAGUUAGACGAUGCCGGUGGACUAGUGCAUUUUAUCAGCCCACAUGAUUCUGAUUUUUAUACUAGUCGAUUAGAACAAGCUGGAUUUUUUGGAGGCAAUGGGUGGUUUGCAAAUAAAGGAGGUAUUCUUGGAGGACCAGGGGCUCUUCUUUCAACAGGAAGUCUCCUGACCGAUUACACAACAGCAUAUAGAAAGUAAUUUAUAGUAUCAGGGGUGCAAUCAUUUUUUUAAAUAUAGCUGCAGAUUUUAUUACCCUACGUGCCUCAAAUAUAUUUCAUAGCAAAAAAUCUUGUUCUUAUAUUUUUUGCCUACUGUUCGUAACUUGAAAAGAUGAAGCGUAUUAUAAGAGUAUCCGUAAAAAUCAACUGCCAUCUAUGUCAGCAGGUCACUACCAACAAGAAACAACCAAGCAGUGUUAUAAAGUUUCUGCGAAUAAUAUUUUCCUGUAAAUCAAUGGUGGAAAAAUGUGAAAAUAAUUUAUUUGUGCAUGCUAUUAUAAAAUAAAUUCAUAUAUGCGGAUCUAUGAACGUUAGAAUUCCAUCGCGUGACUGUUAUUUCACGCAUAUUUUAUGCCAAAUGCUGGCGCCGCCGUACAUUAGGGUAAAAUCCUAUAUUUCGCGGAAAACUAAU